GGCGGUUGGUCCAGGUCCUCCGUCUCGCGGCGACCAGGCCGGGCUCGGUGCCUUCGAACAGUGGCUGGCGGCAGGCAUGGCUGGAACCUCCGCGCCGGGUAGCAGGAGGCGGAGCGGGCCCCCGGCGCCUAGCCCUGGCCCGCCACCCAGCACCGGGCACCCUCCGAGCAAGCGGGCCCGGGGCUUCCCCGCGGCCGCCGCCCCAGACCCUGAAGACCCUUUCGGCGCGCACGGGGAUUUCACCGCCGACGAUCUCGAGGAGCUCGACACCCUCGCGUCACAGGCCCUGAGCCAAUGCCCGGCCGCGGCUCGGAACGUGUUCAAUGUUCAUAAGGUCCCCAGAUUAGAUGGGAUGUCAAAAAAUCCUGCAGGGAAAAACAGAGCAAGUGUUCCAGUUAAAGAUAAUUUUGAAUUAGAGGUACUUCAGGCACAAUACAAAGAACUUAAAGAAAAGAUGAAGGCAAUGGAAGACGAAGUCCUCCUUAAAAAUGGAGAAAUUAAAAUUUUGCGGGACUCACUGCAUCAGACAGAAUCCAUUCUAGAGGAACAGAGAAGAUCCCAUUUCCUUCUUGAGCAAGAAAAAACUCAAGCACUCAGUGACAAAGAAAAGGAAUUCUCCAAAAAGCUCCAAUCAUUGCAGUCUGAACUCCAGUUUAAAGAUGCCGAGAUGAAUGAAUUAAGGACAAAGCUUCAAAGCAGUGAACGAGCAAAUAAACUCGCUGCUUCCUCCAUCUCCUAUGUCAGCCCUAGGAAAAGCCCUUCUGUGGUUAUAAAGCCAGAAGCGUGUUCUCCACAAUUUGGAAAACCAUCUUUCCCUACGAAGGAGUCUUUUAGUGCUAGCAUGUCCCUUCCCCACCCCUGCCAGACAGAGCCAGGACACAAGUCCCUGGUAGGCAGAGAGGAGAAUAAGACCCACAGUCUGGGAAGUGACCCCAUAAAGCAAGAAGAGUCCCAGAAAAGUCUUGUUGACAGCUGUAUGCAUUCAUUGAACACUCAAGGUUCCAUUUUGAUAAACCUUCUCCUGAAGCAGCCUUUGGUCCCAGGGUCAUCCCUGGGUCUGUGCCACCUCCUGAGCAGUUUUUCUGAGGCUCCUACCAGCACCCUGUUGCAGCCACCAGCGUUUGGCAGUACCUUGACUGGGAUGUCAAGCCUGAGGACCACAGGUUCUCGUGAUGGGUCAUUUCCCCUGUCGGCCCUGAGAGAAGCACAGAACCUGGCACUUACUGGACUGAAUCUGGUUGCCAGGAAUGAAGGCUCAUGUGACAGAGACCCAGCAGAGGGAGGCAGAAGGGCCUUCCCGCUCUGCCAGCUUCCUGGAGCUGUGCAUCUCCUCCCCCUGGUACAGUUCUUUAUCAGCUUACACUGCCAGGCUCUGCAGGAUUUGGCAGCAACCAAGAGAAGCGGAGCACCUGGGGACUCACCAACACAUUCCUCCUGUGUGAGCUCUGUGGUAGAUGCCAGCCCCGAGGACUCAGUUUGCAACCUGGAAAGCUUCUCUGUGGCUUCACUUAGCAUUCUUCAGCACCUGGUAUGCCACAGCGGAGCAGUCGUCUGCCUGUUACUGUCAGGAGAGGGGGCAGAUUCUGCUACUAGGGAAGGAAACCAGAGCGUGGUUCACAGACGUGGUCAUAGGGAUGUGACCUCAGCCCCAUGGGGGCUUGCCGAUGACCAAGGCCAGCAUCCACUGUUGAAGACGCUUCUUCACCUGUUGGCUUUCUCUUCUGCAGCAACAGGUCACCUUCAAGCCAGUGUCCUCAACCAGUGCCUUAAGGUUUUGGUGAAAUUAGCUGAAAACGCUUCCUUUGAUUUCUUACCCAGAUUCCAGUGUGUGUUCCGGGUGCUGCCACAGUGCCUCAGCCCAGAGACACCCCUGCCUGGUGUGCUGCUGACUGUGGAGCUCCUUUCCCUCCUGGUGGACCAUGAGAAGCUCGUGCCUCAGCUCUGCUCCCACUCAGAAGGCUGCCUCCUACUGCUGCUAUACAUGUACAUCACGUCAAGGCCUGACAAAGUGGCUUCGGAGACACAGUGGCUUCAACUGGAACAAGAGGCUGUGUGGCUCCUGGCUAAGCUUGGUGUGCAGAGCCCCUCCUCCCCGGUCACUGGCUCCAACUGCCAGUGCAACGUGGAGGUGGUGAGAGCGCUCACGGUGAUGCUGCACAGACAGUGGCUGACAGUGCGGAGGGCAGGGGGGCCCCCAAGGACUGACCAGCAGAAGCGGACAGUGCGGUGUCUGCGGGACACGGUGCUGCUGCUGCACAGCCUGUCCCAGAAGGACAAGCUCUUUAGUGUGCACUGUGUGGAGGUCCUGCAUCAGUAUGACCAGGUGAUGCCAGGGGUCAGCACGCUGAUUCGAGGGCUUCCUGACGUGACAGACUGUGAAGUAGCUGAGGGAGCAAGGCCUGGGCGUGGAAGGGACUGAGGCCGCCCUGGAUGACCUCUGUGCCGCUGAGCCCGAUGUGGAUGAUCCCGAGAUGGACUGUGGUUGAGGCCUGUGAGCAUCGAGCCACAUGGUGGCACCAGCACCACUACUCUCCUCACCUUGUCAACUGAUUAAAAGCAGUGACCGGCUGUUUGAGAACAGGCCA